AUGCGGACAAUCGAUGCAAUGGCAAUGACGAAGAUGAACCGGUUACAUAUCCAUGCAACCGACUCUCAAAGCUGGCCGCUGGAAAUCCCGUCUCUCCCACAACUUGCAAAUAAAGGGGCUUAUCAACCUGACUUGGUCUGGACCGUUGGCAGCCUCAGAGAUGUCCAAGCCUAUGGAGCUCAGAAGGGGAUCUCGGUGUUUCUCGAGAUUGACAUGCCGGGUCAUACAGCAUCUGUCGCCCACGCUUACCCACAUCUGAUAGCCGCGUUCAAUCAGUUGGACUGGUCAACUUUUGCGGCAGAGCCACUCAGCGGCCAGCUGAAACUUAACUCUUCGACCGUGCAUGAUUUUCUGGACGAUCUCUUCACAGACCUGUUGCCUCGCACACGCCCGUACACGUCUCUGUACCACGUAGGUGGCGACGAAGUCAAUCUAGCGGCUUACCUUCUCGAUGAAACAGUGCGCAGCGACGACCCGAACGUCGUGCAGCCUCUGUUGCAGAAGUUCAUUGACCAUGUGAUAGCUCUGGCUGGUCAACAUGGUCUGCGGCCCAUCGUGUGGGAGGAAAUGCUGCUGGAUUGGAAUUUGACGUUACCAUCUGCUGCGGAUGGCGACGGAUCUGCGAGUACGUUGGUGCAGGUGUGGAGAGACAGUCGUCGAAUUGAAGAGGUGUUGAAAAGAGGAUAUCGUGUGAUAUUUGGUGACUACAAGCACUGGUAUCUUGAUUGUGGUUACGGGACCUUUCUGGAUCCAUAUCCGACUGGAAGGUCACCACCCGGCGUCCCGUUCAACACUUCUGGUGGCCAGCCGAGCAGACUUGCAAAACCAUACCUCGAUUACUGUAACCCUUACCAUAAUUGGCGUCAUAUGUACAUGUACGAUCCUCUCGCCAACAUAAGCAGUGAUCUUGUUCAAGGUGUCGAGGGCGGUGAGGUCCUCAUGUGGAGUGAACAGACCGAUUCAUUUGAUCUUGACAGCAAACUGUGGCCACGAGCAGCCGCAGCCGCUGAAGUGCUCUGGAGUGGUAUAAGGGAAGAAGCAAUGCUUGAAGAUGCUACUAAGAGACUUGGAGAGUGGAGAGAAAGAGGAGUUAUUGAUCUAGGAGUUGCAAUGUCGCCAGUUGCCAUGACUUGGUGCCUGAUGGAAGGCGGAUGCCUCGCGUAA